AUGAACGCCAAUGACUUAUCGUGGCCAACCAUGAAAGAUUUGUACUCCCAAAUCAACCAGCAAGACCCCGUCCUUGCCACAUACAUCGUGCCAGUCACUCUCCUAAUAGCAGGUUAUUUCAUACUCCAACAUGUAUCCGGCAGGAAGAAUGACUCUGUCCAAGAACCGCCUGUCGCAUCCUACUGGAUCCCAUACUUUGGUCAUCUUUUCGGGUUCCUUUUCGACCCUGGCCGACUAGUGCGCGAUCUAAAAAAGAAGUAUCCCGACUCGCCAUUCACUUUGAUAAUGAUGGGACACAAGUUUCACAUCUACAACUCGUCCGAGGUGAUUGCGCAUGUCUUCAGCCGCUCUCGCGAAUACUUGUUUCAUCCCAUCGUCGCUUCGAUGAUGGAAAACGGCUUAGCGAUGCCGAGAUCUGACCAGGUCAAAUUCGAAGUACCUAUUGCCGAGUAUUCGAGUGAUCAGAAGGAGUCGCGGGCCUUUGUUGAGGCAAACCAUACCGUUUUCGUUAAGAACCUGAGUGGUCAUAGUCUGACGACUACGAUGCGAGAGUAUAGCAAGCAUUUCGCCAAGGCAUUGGAGGAAGCUUUCCCCGAAGCGAUCGUAGAUGGAAAUACCUCAAUCAAUUUGCAUGACAAGUUGGAAAGAGUGAUAUUCUUUGCUUCGUUAAACACGUUCUUCGGAAAGCGGUUGCAGGCGAACUAUUCAGAGAUGUUUGAAGAUUUCCGAGCCCUUGAAAAAGCGCUAUAUGUUGGGGUACGCUCGAAUCUGGCUUUCCAGUUAAAUCCACGUGCAGAAAAGGCUCGUGCUCGACUACUAGACCAUUUUGAUGCCUGGGUUGACGUUGAACUGGGAGACUGGGGAGAUGAAGAUGUAGCGUGGAAUGAAAAAUGGGGGAUGAGACUGAAUUGGGAACGAGAAAGGCUUCACCGGGAGCAUGAUUUUACGCGGAGGGGGCGUUCAUGCUCGCAUGCUUCGUUUUUAUAUGUAAUGAACACAAACUCAGGGCCAUUGACAACAUGGUUCUUGACAAACAUACUCCAGUCCCCUACUCUCUUGUCUCACUUCCAAGCUGAAUGUCAAAAGCAUGUACUCCACUCAGAUAAAAAGAACAUUGGAUUCGACCUUCCAAAGCUGAGAGCAAGUCCCUUGGUACAAGGGAUAUGGAAAGAAUCUCUACGACUCGGAUCCGUCAAUGCAGUUGCGCGAGUGCUAGCCAAAGACAUUGAACUAAAAGGAUAUUUACUCAAGCAGGGAAGCGUCAUCCUCAUCCCGGUGCAACUAUUGCACUACAAUACUGACGUAUUCCCGGAUCCCGAAAGAUUUGAUCCUCAGCGAUGGGUUUUUGACGAAAGCAAUAACGACGCGGCAGUGAAACAGAAGCAAAUGAUGGCACAUUUGCGGCCCUUUGGCGGUGGCGGUGGUAUUUGUUCUGGCCGUUUUGUAGCGGAAGAAGAGGUCAUUCUUGCAGCGGCCACGUUGGUGAUGAAAUACGACUUUGUCAUGCAGAAUAAAGUUGAAUUGCACCCGAUGGCGCUGGGAAUUAUGUCGCCAAAGAAGGGUGUUUGGGUGAAGAUGCAGACUAAGAAAUGA